AUGAAGAUUGCUGUGGCAGUUGUGGUUGUCCUUUUCGCCUUGUUGAAUGUUGUCGUUCUUGCACAACAAACUGAUGACAGUUUUGAAAAACAAGGAUGGGAAAGUCUUGGCUUCUUCCUUGAUGGAAAGAUUGUUAGUCAAUUGAGAGAAAGAAAUGGAAUGAUUAAAAGAAGAAAUCAAAUUCUAAAUAUUUUGACCAAAAAGCCAAACGAUUCCAAAAAGUGGUCAGGAAGAGAAAUUGGAGAAAGAUAUCCAAAAGUUAUUAAGAGAGGACGUGGAUUCAUGUCCCCAAAGAGAUCUGAUUCCUUCAUGAAGAGAAUUAGAGAAGAAUAUAAUAGAAAGAAUAGUCCAAGAGCUGGCCAAAGAGGAUUCAUGUCACCAAAGAGAUCAGACGCUUUUAUGAAGAAAAUUAGAAAGAAUUUGGUCCAACCAAAGUAUCCUAUAAAAAGGAGUCCAUCUGUUCAACCAAUUGGUGGAGUGCUUGAACCAAUUACUAUUGGUGGUAGAGAACCAAUUAGAUUUCCAAGACGCAGUCCAGUAAGAUCUAAUGAUCAUAUGAGAAGAAUUAGAGAAGGAAGAACUAGCUCUCAACAUUAUCAACAUUUAAAGCCAGCUGUCAUGCCAAAUUUAAGAUUCAGAAGAUAA